AUGUCCAUUAAUCGAGACGGCACAUACACAGGCUUCAUUAAGGUCCAGUUCAAACUAGCCCGGCCUGUGUCACUUCCCCCACCUCGGAAAACGACGUUAGUGCAAGAUGGAGGCUGGCUGCAGUACAAGGGACUUAAACGUUGCACCUCAUUCUAUCUCCCCAAGGACACAACUAAGCAUCUUCAUAUCAGCUCACAAACAAGAGUCCGGGAAGUCAUCGAAGCACUGCUCAACAAGUUUACAGUUGUGGACAACCCAGCAAAGUUUGCUCUGUUUGAACGUGGUGAACGAGACAAUCAAAUGUACCAACGCAAGUUGUCUGACGAUGAGCGUCCACUUCGCCUUCGUCUGUGUGCUGGGCCAAGUGAACAAGUUCUCAGCUUUGUGCUCAAAGAGAAUGAAACUGGAGAGGUUAAUUGGGAUGCCUUUAGCCUUCCUGAGCUAAGUAAUUUCCUGCGGAUUCUUCAACGUGAGGAGGAAGACCACGUCCGACAGAUCGCACAGCGCUAUGCCAUUGCACGACAGAAGAUAACGGAGGCUUUGGAGAACAUAAGCACACCUGGUUGAUAAGACGUGGAGUGAACACAUGUACCUCAGACUAACAUGUUGUGGGAUAGUUUGGCUAUCUCAAUCCAAAGACUGAAUGGUAGCAACAGGACAGGGCAUGUCUCCUCCCUUAGUCAGUAGUAAAUGAGGGAGAGGGGGGACAGAAAGGGAACGUUGAAAAACAGAUGAAGAAUAUUUUCAUUAAAGAAUGACUGUGCACUGGAGAUAAG